GGCUCCCAAAUCUCCGAAAAUCUCUCCCUUCUUUGCUAUAAUCCUCUCUCUUUCUCUCUGUCUCUCUCCUCUGUUUCUAAUGUCUCAACACACUCUGUAUCUUCUCUUCAUAGCUAUACUCCUCCUCCUGAGCCCAGCAACACCGAUUGAGUUCGUCUACAACACGGAUUUCAACUCCACGAACCUACUCACCUAUGGCAGUGCCACAAUCCAAUCUUCAAUCCUCGCUCUCACAAAUGACACCACCAUGACGAUAGGGCGUGCUUUAUACCCUUUAAAGAUUCCUACAAAGCAACCGGAUUCGUCAACACCGAUUCCAUUCUCCACCUCCUUUAUUUUCUCCAUUGCUCCUUAUAAGAAUCUCCUCCGCGGCCAUGGGUUCGCCUUUGUAGUCGUGCCUUCUACGGGCAUAUCAGGAGUAACCACAGGUCAGUUUCUUGGCCUUUUCAACUUGACCAAUAAUGGAAAUUCCAGUAACCAUGUUUUUGCUGUUGAGUUCGAUCUUUUCAAGAACGAAGAGUACAACGACACAGACGCUAACCAUGUGGGUGUUGAUGAGAAUUCUCUUACAUCUUCUGCAUCACAUACAGCUGGGUUUUGGACAGGUGAAAAUGAUAGUCAGUUCAAGGAAUUGACGCUAAACAAUGGAGUGAACUAUCAAGUUUGGAUUGAUUGUGAGGAUUCAAGAAUCAAUGUCACCAUGGCCAAGGCAGGGGAUAUAAGGCCUGCAAGGCCUUUGAUAAGUACUUUUCUCAAUCUCUCUGGGAUUUUUCUAGAUGAAAUGUAUGUGGGAUUUUCUGGGGCGACAGGACAGUUGGUUCAAAGUCACAAGAUAUUAGCUUGGAGUUUCAGUAAUUCCAAUUUCUCAAUUGGGGAUGCUCUGGUUACCAUGAAUUUGCCUUCCUUUGUGCUUCCAAAGGAAUCGGUUUUUCGAUCAAAAGGAUUCAUAGUUGGUGUUAGCUUAGGUUGUUUGUUCUGUAUUGGAAGUAUUGGAUCAGUAUAUCUGCUCAUACUCAGAAGGAGAGAAAUGAAAAGGAAGCAAAAAGAAGACAUAGAGGAUUGGGAAUUGGAAUAUUGGCCUCACCGGAUUGAUUCUCAAGAGAUAUAUGCAGCAACAAAGGGGUUCUCAGAAGAAAAUGUGAUUGGAAUUGGAGGCAAUGGCAAGGUCUAUAAAGGGGUAAUGACAGGAGAAAUAGAAGUAGCAGUGAAGAGAAUUCCUCUUCAAGAAGAAGGCAGUGUCCGGACGUUUUUGCCAGAGAUUUCCAUCUUAGGAAGAUUGAAGCAUCGGAACUUGGUGGGUAUUCGUGGAUGGUGUAAAAGAGAUAAAGGAAGCUUGGCUUUGGUGUAUGAUUACAUGGAAAAUGGUAGUUUAGACAAGAGAAUUUUUGGGUCUGAUGAGAGUUCAACGUUGAGUUGGAAUGAAAGAAUCAAAGUUCUGAAAGAUGUUGCUUCUGGUCUUCUCUAUUUACAUCAAGGCUGGCAAGCGGUAGUCUUGCACAGAGACAUUAAAGCCAGCAACGUCUUGCUUGACAAAGACAUGAAUGCAAGGUUGGGCGAUUUCGGUUUGGCUCGUCUGCUUGAUCUCGAUCAAUCAACUACCUCCACAAGAGUGAUUGGGACAGUAGGUUACAUGGCGCCGGAGAUGGUUAGGACCGGACGUGCCUCGGCUAAGACUGAUGUCUUUGGUUUUGGUGUAUUAGUCCUAGAGGUAGUAUGUGGUCGGAGACCGAUUGAAGACGGUAAACCGAGCUUAAUCGACUGGUUAUGGAGGUUAAUGGAAAGAGGAGAACUAGUCUCUGCAUUGGAUGAUAGGAUAAAAGGUAAGGGUGGAUAUAGUGAACAGGAAGUAGAGAGGGUGUUGGGUUUGGGGUUGCUGUGCUCUCAUUGGGACACUAAUUUGAGGCCAAAAAUGAGGCAGGUUGUGAAGAUUUUGGAAGGGCCAAGUGAAGGGAUUGAUCUUGAAAGUGAAGGAAUGGAGGUCAAUUUGCUUGAUAGAAUGAGGACAAGUUCAAUAAUGGUGUCUAGGCACCCAACAUUUGAUGAAUUUGGGAGGCUUAUCUCCUCUUCUGGGUCGCUCACUAUUUCUGAUCUUAUGGAAGGUCGUUGAAACUUGAAAAUCUUCUUUUGUCAAUAUUGAUUGUUCGCAUUAUAUGAUGAUGGUGUAGAGAAAAUAAUUGCUUUCAUAUUUUUUGGAUUUGAUGAUAAAAAAUGGUAAGGAUCUCAAUUUUUUUUGUCCAAUAAUUCAUAUAAAAUCAUGGGUCCCACAUGUUUCUUAUGAUUCAUAAGAAAUCGUGUGUACCAUCUUAGAAUUCAGAAUAAUUUGGACAAAAAAUGUUGGGAUCCAUAAAACUGUUGUUUGAUCAUGGCGAGUUUGAUUGAGGUUCCUAGUGA